AUGUUUUAUAUGGCAACCCUGAAGAGAGGGUUCAAUGUCUUGAUACCGUCGCUCUCCCGCCAAAGUCAAUUAAUUAGGUCGUUUGCCACAGCCGGUGCAGUUUCCAGAACUAGUUCAAAAAGUAUAAAGAAUAUUUUCGACGACAAUUCAUACUGGAGAAGCAUAAACAGUCAGGAUGCUAAUAACAGUAAGAUUGCACAGUACCUUUUCCAAAAAACCAAAACCGGACUUUUUAAGAACCCUUAUUUGACUUCCCCAGACGGCUUGCGUCAAUUUAGCCAAGUCUCUUUGAGGCAAGCACAGGAACUUCUCGAACGAAUGAGAAACGAUUCUUCUGAAAACGGUAAAUUAACCUACAUUAUGAACCUGGAUAGAUUGAGCGAUACAUUAUGUAGGGUGAUUGAUUUGUGUGAGUUUAUUAGAUCAACACAUCCAGAUGAUGCGUUUGUUAAGGCUGCCCAAGACUGCCAUGAACAAAUGUUUGAAUUCAUGAACGUUUUAAACACGGAUGUCUCAUUAUGUAACAUGCUAAAAUCAGUCUUGAAUAGUCCCGAGAUAUCAUCGAAAUUGAGCGAAGAAGAGCUUAAAGUUGGUAAAAUCUUAUUGGAUGAUUUUGAAAAGUCAGGCAUAUAUAUGAAUCCCGACGUUAGAGAAAAAUUUAUUCAGUUAUCCCAAGAAAUCAGUUUAAUAGGUCAAGAAUUUAUCAACCAUACAGAUUAUCCUGGUUCUAAUUCUGUGAAGAUACCAUGCAAGGAGUUAGAUAACAGCAAUGUAAGCACAUUCCUAUUGAAACAGUUAAAUAAAGAUGUUAAGGGCCAGAAUUACAAAGUACCUACAUUUGGUUACGCAGCUUACGCAUUAUUAAAAAGUUGCGAAAAGGAACAAGUAAGGAAAAAGCUAUGGACCGCAUUACAUAGUUGUUCUGACAAGCAAAUCAAAAGGCUGAACCACUUAGUUAAACUGAGGGCAAAUUUAGCUAACCUGAUGCACAAAGAAAGUUAUGCGGAAUAUCAAUUAGAGGGAAAAAUGGCAAAAACCCCGAAAGAUGUACAAGAUUUUAUCUUGACCUUAAUGAAUGAUACCAUAGAUAAGACGGCAAGCGAGUUAAAAUUUAUAGCCGAACUCAAGGCCAAAGAUCUCAAGAAGCCUUUGGCUACAAGUACAGACGAAAUACUGAAACUUGUCAGACCUUGGGAUAGAGACUAUUAUACUGGCAAAUAUCUACAGCUUAACCCUUCAAAUGCACCAAGUGCCAAAGAGAUAAGCUCAUAUUUCACAUUAGGAAAUGUUAUCCAAGGUUUAUCCGAUUUGUUCCAACAUAUAUAUGGGAUUAAAUUGGAACCAGCAAUUGCUGACGAGGGAGAAACAUGGUCCCCUGACGUGAGAAGAUUGAAUGUGAUAUCAGAAGAGGAAGGAAUUAUUGGCGUGAUUUACUGUGAUUUGUUUGAAAGAAGUGGAAAGACUUCAAAUCCAGCACAUUUCACUGUUUGUUGUUCCAGACAAAUAUAUCCUAACGAAACAGACUUCUCAACAAUUCAACUGGGUGAGAAUGCAGACGGUUCCUUUUUUCAGCUGCCGGUAAUUUCGCUCGUGUGUAACUUUGCCCCAAUACCGAUUGCUUCUAAGAAAAGCUUGUGUUUUUUACAACUUAGUGAAGUUGAAACCCUCUUUCAUGAAAUGGGUCAUGCGAUGCAUUCAAUGUUAGGAAGAACCCACAUGCAGAAUAUAAGUGGUACAAGGUGCGCUACUGACUUUGUUGAGCUACCAAGUAUUCUGAUGGAACACUUCGCCAAAGAUAUACGGAUCUUGACAAGAAUUGGCAAGCACUAUGAGACUGGAGAAACCAUUGAGGCAGAUAUGUUGCAGAGCUUUAUGAGAACGACAAAUUUUCUACAGAAUUGUGAGACGUACUCUCAAGCAAAGAUGGCUAUGUUAGACCAAUCAUUUCAUGAUGAAGAAGUGAUUUCUAGUAUUCAUAGCUACGAUGUAGUUAAAAAUUAUCAAGCAUUAGAACUACGUUUGAAGGUACUAGUUGAUGACCAGAGUAAUUGGUGCGGGAGAUUUGGCCAUUUAUUUGGAUACGGAGCUACAUACUACAGCUACUUAUUUGAUAGGACAAUAGCAUCCAAAAUUUGGUACGCCUUAUUUGAAGACGAUCCAUAUAGCCGAAAGAAUGGUGAUAAAUUCAAAAAGCAUCUACUAAAAUGGGGUGGAUUGAAAGAUCCUUGGAAAUGCAUCGCUGACGUUUUACAGUGCCCUAUGUUAGAGGAAGGCGGCAGCGAAGCAAUGGAGUUUAUUGCACAAAGUCAUAAAUCUUAG